AUGAAUAUUGUGAUAGAGUGCUCCUCGUCCCAUGAAUCUCAAUAUUAUUCAGAUGAUCUCCCUGAUCCUGAAUUUGACAUUUAUAAUGCUGCCCUUACAGCUACAAAUAAUACUGAUCAAUUAACUAAUUCUGCAAUCCCAGUACCUAGAUCCAAUGAGACAGUACCAGUUUUAGAGCCACCAGUUAUUCCAUCCAGUUCAAUUGCAUCAACAGCAGAAAACUCAGCGGAAACGUCGAGAACGGAAGCUAGGACAGAAUCAUACAUACAGGAACCUAAUGCAGACUUGGUGGGAUCAACAGGAAAUUCGGAUUCAUGGAACUAUGAAACUAUUUCAAAUAUAAUUAAAUUUUGCUCAGAAAAAAAGAUUGAGGAUCCUAUUGAAAUUUUGAAAAUUGCGCAAGAUAAAAUUAUUAAAGGCAGAAAACUGGAACUAGAAUCUGAAAGUGGAACAAUAGAAGGAGCGACCAAUUUUAUUUUGGUGGACAGAGAGAACCUGUUAGAGACAGCAUUUGUUGAAAUAAAAGAGAUUGUUGAUCUCAGAAAUACAUUGGAAGUCCAAUUUUAUGAAGAAAAUGCUGUUGACCUUGGUGGGCCUCGCAGAGAAUUUUUUACAUUGGUAUUGAGGCAGAUACAAGAACAUUACUUUGAUCCUGUUCGGGAAUACUCAGACAAUUAUGAAAUAGUUGGAAAGAUAUUGGCUUUAAGUAUGCUCCAAAGUGGACCUUUGCCAAGAGUGCUAUCAGCCAGUUUAGUUGAGGAGGUGUUUAACAAUUCUUCACCCAGGGCAUUUGUGCAUGAUUUACGAAGAGGACUGGAUGCAUUAUGUUUAUAUGAGCUGGCUUGUCAUCUUCCAACAUUUAUCCAUCUUUUUACACCUCGGGAUCGACAGAAAAUUACAUUAAAGCUGCUUACAAGCACAAUUAAACCACAGUUUUCUCCAGAAGGAAGUAAUAGAAGACAAAAAGAAAGCAAAAUUUAUGCAAAAUAUGUGAAAUAUUUGAGAGAGGCUGCAAGUGGUAGACGUGGGGAUGUUACUCUUGCAAAAAUUCUUCGGUUUUGCACUGGAUCAGAAGAGGAACCACCACUUGGUUACCAGAUUCAGCCAACAAUGGAAUUUGUCGAAAGACAAUCAUUCCUGCCAACAGGAAAUACAUGCAUCAACAAAAUGCAAUUAACCAUACCUGUAAAUGAGGAGCCAACAGAAGAUGCACUGUUCAACUUUUUUGACUUUGCGUUUUGCAAUUCGUACUUUGGUUUACAAUGAUUAAGUGAGCUUUUCAGACCACGCAAUGUUGUCCGCCUGUCCAUGGCAACUUUUUAUACACACUCUCUGUAGGAGAGGGGGUAUACUGUUUUACCCUUGUGUGUCUGUCUGUCUGUUUGUCCUUCAGUCUGUCUAUAACAGAAAUUUCGGUUGCAUUUUUCUCAGCAACUAUUCAUUGCAGGGGCUUGAAAUUUUAACGCACUAUUUGUUUAGGCAUGCCAUAUGUUGGGAUCUAGUUUUGUACCAAUCUUACAUCAACUUCCUGUUAAAUGACAACAUUUUUUAUUUUAAGCCAAAAUUUUCAAACAAAUUUUCCUCAAAGAUUACACAGCAACUUUUCAUUGCAGAUGCUUAACCUUAACACAGGCUUUGAUAAGGCAUGUUAUAUGAUGGAAUUCAUUUUUGUACCAAUUGGACAUAAAUUUCCUGUU